GGAGAGUUGAGACUAUUCACAAACCGCGAGCACUUGAAACUGACAACAGUUAUUGCACCAAACAAACCGUUUUCGUCUUGAACAUUGAGUAAAAACUCAGGCAACAUCACUGACAACAUGUGUCGAUUCAAUGUAACUGCGUUGAUCUGCUUGGUGUUGGCAGCAUUCCUUGUGGGCUCCAACGCUGAGGAAAAUGGAUUGGAGGCUUUGCAUCAGGAACUCGCCUUGCAGCUGUUGGAAGACGAGCAGGCGGGUGUGACGGGAGAGGACCUAGCAGCGAAACUGCGAGAGAAUCGCAAAGCAUUAAACGAGAUAGAGAGAGAGGAAGAAGGAGUAUUGGACGAAAUUCACGAGGAGUUGGCUUUACAGUUGAUGGAAGAAGAGCAGGCAGGAGUGAGUGGCGAGGAACUGGCGGCCAAACUCCGCGAGGGUCGCCGAGUGUUGCAUGAGCUUGUCCAAGAGGAAAGCCGGCAAUCAAAAGGUGCUAAGUGCACUGUUGAGGGAUUUACUGCCAAGUGUUGCGCUGGAACCUCCUUCAAAGUCUUCUGGAAGCGUGUGGAAUUCAAUGCUUGUGUGGAGGCUACAUUUUUGCCCGAGGAGAUGGGGCUUCAUUUGAAGAUCACCGUACGCGGCUCCACUGUGUUUGAAAAGAAAAUCGCAGCGGGCAACGCUAACGGUAUCUGUGUCAAAGUGCCCAAGUUGCGAGCGGUCUCCGUUUGUCUCAAGUUGUCCAACCUGCAAGCCGAGGGCGGCCAUUUCAGCGGAUGCCUUGGCCUGCAGCCCAAGGUAUUCGGCAAGACAAUCAAAACCCUAAACUUGGGAUGCAUCAGCCUCCCAUAGAUAUACUCAGGAGCCAACCCACUCCUCGAUCAUGGUGUUAAUUUAGAACUAUAGAAUUUUCACAAUAUUUUUCCGAUUUGAUCAUGAAGGUGUCGUUGCAACAGCGCCAUCAUUUGCUCUAAAAGGGACAUGAUCGUUUGAUUUAUGGACGUUAUUUCAGCAUUGCAGGCCGUGUUUGUGAACGGUAUACUGCAGUUGAUUAAAACUCUUCUUGGGAUUUUUCGGUUUUAGAUUAUAAAUGAAUUAAGCGGACAUUUUGUGUCCUCAUACCGAAUUUAGGAGUUUGUAAUCUAUAUUUAUGCCACAUAGUUUGUCAGGGUAUAUUAUCUGCAAAAAAAGCCCAUUAUGCGUCAUUCAUGGGUGUACUGAACAAACCCUAGUUACCAGUGUACCUGUCAUGCAGUGUACAGUUUGUGACUGGUUCACUCUCAAUGCUCAGCAUUAUUGCUGAGUACGGUAUUUGGUAUCUACUCAUGAUCGUCAUGGCAAUGAAUCUGGAGGUACGCUUAUCGAUCAGAAGCCCCUGAUCUCUCAGACAUUCCAGCUGUCUUGCAGGGAUUUUAAUGUUUCCAUGUGCACCCAUUAUAAUUAUAUUAUUGAUUCGGUCAAAUCGUGUUUUAUUGCACCAUUUACUCGUUUUUUAAGUCUACUUUGAUUGAAUCGGUCAAAGUGAGAUUUUUCGCCCUAUUUUAGUAAAUCCGUCAUAAUUGCGUCCAUUAUUUCUUUUUGUUUGUGAGUUUGUGCACGUGUUCACGGUUGACUUGGCAUUCGUCGAUGAUGACCUUCUGUUAUGUGAUGAGGCGUUCUGGUAAAAUGAGACACAAGGAAGAAGUCCACGGGUCUUGGGAAAGAAUACAAUUGUCCUUACAACACUGUUUACUGGACCUCAGUUGGACAUUCAUUCACUGUGGCCUGGUCUUGGGAAAGAAUACAAUCGUCCUUACAAUACUGUUUACUGGACCUCAGUUGGACAUUCAUUCACUGUGGCCUAUGCCAAGUUCAGUCUUAAUUUGCCAUAACACCUCACAAACUAAUUUGAUUCUCAUAAUAAUUUGUCAAUUAUUUUGACUUCCUUUGCACAUUUAGUUUAUUUGUCACUCAAAUAAAUGGCCUCUUUAUUUUCAUUUGUUCAUUGAA